CGAUGGGUGAGACGAGUCCUGGGGACAUUCGUACUCGUCUACAAAGACAACUAUAGCCAACAUAUGUAAAGAUUUGUGUGAUUGUGAUCCUGUAACUUUCCCCAUUAAAAAAAAGUUCAUCCUCGACAGUUUUGUUCUAGCUACUAAUUUAAAGAAAAGAUUUGUUUCUCAGACAUUAAAAUAGGGGAGGAUGGGAGGCCGAAGACGUGGAGCGGGUAGAAUCUCACACUGAAGAGCAGGUGGAAAGAAAGCAGGUCGGAACCAAGACUUGCUCAUGGUCCCUGGGUGGAUGCUAAUUUACGUGCAGCUUGGUUGCUGGCGGCUCUAACUCAAGAGCAACCAAACAAAGGUAAAAUAUCCGUGAAAUAACAGAUCAACGGAGAAGGUAAAAUUUACCCAAAUCUAAUUUCUAUCUACAUAUUUUUUGUUUGAAGCGAGUAUGCCGUUCCCUCCCUACCUCAUUCCUUGUCUUAUCCUAGGCAUCUCUGCUUUCUCUCCAGGUACCCACAGCACGCUUAGCAAACAGUUGCUGUGGUAUAAACGAAAAAGGCAGAUUUUAAUCUUACAUAUUAUCUUACAUUUUCCAGGUAUGUGAAGUAGGUAGAUGACGUUUUGUGUCGUCAGAGACAAGUUUUGGAAAGACCGGAGUUCUAAGGCCACUCACUUAGAAGAAAUGGCUGUGCAGAGUACCUAGGGAAAGUUCUUGAGUGCCCUAGGGAGGCCCGUUCGGUGGUGGAGGAGAGGGUGCCCAGCCUUCCUUCCAUUCUUCCAGUCUCCUGAAGAACUACGUAGAGAGAUAAACAACCCUUUCCAAGAGCCUGUCCGCACCACACCGGCGAGGAAAGGCGUCCCACCUGCACCCACAGGGCUCCGAGACGCGCGCGCCCACACUGCGCGGAGGAACCAACCCCAGGCCCCGGCUGCCCAGGCUAUUAGCAAACGAUGGUGGAUCGCUUGGCAAACAGUGAAGCAAAUACCAGACGUAUAAAUAUAGUAGAACACUGUUUUGGAGCAGCUGGUCAACCUUUAACUAUACCUGGACGGGUUCUUAUUGGAGAAGGAGUAUUGACUAAGUUAUGCAGAAAAAAGCCCAAAGCAAGGCAGUUUUUCUUAUUUAAUGAUAUUCUUGUAUAUGGCAAUAUCGUCAUCCAGAAGAAAAAAUAUAACAAACAACAUAUUAUUCCCCUGGAAAAUGUCACUAUUGAUUCCAUCAAAGAUGAGGGAGACUUGAGGAAUGGAUGGCUUAUCAAGACGCCAACUAAAUCAUUUGCAGUUUAUGCUGCCACUGCCACUGAGAAAUCAGAAUGGAUGAAUCACAUAAAUAAAUGUGUUACUGAUUUACUCUCCAAAAGUGGGAAGACACCCAGUAAUGAACAUGCUGCUGUCUGGGUUCCUGACUCUGAGGCAACUGUAUGUAUGCGUUGUCAGAAAGCAAAAUUCACACCUGUUAAUCGUCGUCACCAUUGCCGCAAAUGUGGUUUUGUUGUCUGUGGGCCCUGCUCUGAAAAGAGAUUUCUUCUUCCCAGCCAGUCCUCUAAGCCUGUGCGGAUUUGUGACUUCUGCUAUGACCUGCUUUCUACUGGGGACAUGGCCACAUGCCAGCCUCCUAGAUCAGACACUUACAGUCAAUCAUUGAAGUCUCCUUUAAAUGAUGUAUCUGAUGAUGAUGAUGACGAUGAUAGCAGUGACUAAGGACAUGUUUGAAAUAUUUAAUCGGGUGUGACUAUCUGAGAAAUCAGCUUUGGGGGGAAUGUAAAAUUCUGAGCUCUCUCAGUUUUGCUCUAGCCAUGAAUUUGCCUGAGAAACUUUUAACCUAUGUGCCUCAGUAUAUUCUGUAGAAAAUAGGUCCUGUCGUUGUCCCCUCCCCACCAGCUCCCCACUCUUCUACAGGGACAGGCUAUUGAAAAUAUAUCAGGUAAAUUUUUGGUUUCUUAUUCUUGUUUAAUUCUAGAUUAUUUUCUUGGAAUGUUGGGGAAAAGGUUUAUUUAACAGAUCAUGUACUGCAUUUUUGUUUAUUAUAUGUUCUGUUAUAUGGAAAAACUAAAAGCAAAGAAUGAUGGAAAAAGGAGUAUAAUGUGGUUAGCUGAUGAUUAUGUUAGCUUUUUUUAAACCUUCCUAUCUAAUGUUUAAGACACCAGUAACAAAAAUACAUGAUUUGGAAAUCUUUUGUUUGGCUUUUUCAAUACCAAGUGGUGCCUUAUCGUAAUAGCACUGUUACAUGAAAUAGGCCCCUACCUUCUCACUUUUUAGUUUAUUUUAAAAAUACACUGGUGCUGUUUAAGAUGACAAAAUGAGUGUUUUUGAAUGGAUGUAAUUAAAAAAUACUUCUCAUCCAACAGAUACAAAUAACUACAUUUAGAGAUUCUUUAUUGUAUAUGAGUAAAUAUUUUCCAUAAAAUAGUUGUGAUAUUUUUAUGUUUUAUAGUUACCAAAUUAUAAUUGUCAAAUAUGUAUUUUAAAUUAAUAGGUUGUCAUUACUAGGAAUUUGGCUUGAAAUUUAUCAAAUAUAGAAUGGUCAUACUGCAUUAGUUUGUACUUUUAGUAAGACAGUAGGUACAAAUUCAUCUGCUUUAAUUUUAUUUCUAAAAUGAAAACUCUUAUAAAACCCUUGAAAUUAAAUAAUCUCUUUUAAAAAAAUACCAUGAUAGAGUACAGAUCUACUUAGGCUGAAUUUUUGAAAGAAAGACUGUCUAAGAAUGGUCAAGACAGACCAGUUAAGUUUGACUAGACUUCAUAUUGGUGGAAGUAUUGUCUAUUUGAGUGUGAAACUAUCUUGAAUUUACAAAUAUAGUGUUAUAUUUUAUAAAAUUUUGUAAAGUCCCAAACAAUAUUUCUAUUUUUGUAAAACAGUUAUAUGUUUAAUCUGUUUCUGAAAUCAUUUUACAGUCUAUGGAAAUAGAGUAGCAAUUGAUCUUUCUAAAUUGUGAGGCAGUGUAGAUUGCUUAUGAGAAGUGGUAAUUUUUCAGUCUUUGCUUUUGAGGCAGCCAUUAGGUUGAAGGUAUAUUUAUCAUAUAAAACUUGAUGCAUUUUGCACUACUCUCCAUUUGUAUGCUGCAAAUAACUAAAGUCUUUCAAAUAUGAAAAAUCAGUCUAAAGUUUGUUUUAAAUGUUCUUUUGUUUUCAAAUCUUUAAAUCUGGAUAUAUUGCAAAUGUCAUAAGAGGUUUGACUCAGUAACUUGUGAUGGAGGAUUCUUUGGUUUGCUUAAGGCAUUAACUUUCCUGUUGAAUUGUGAAAGCACCUGAGAUAUAUAGAUCUCCCUGUAGGAAAGAUGUAAGAAAGGCACAACAGGUUUUUUUAUUUGUUUGUUUAAUAUCGGACUUUUGUUUCUAAGCAAUAUAUACAUGUAAUCAUUCAACAUACCUGAAAAGGGCCAUGAAACCUGAGAAGUGCUAAUAGCAACUUUCUGGUGCAUAGGAACCACGGGGGAUGUUCUGAGAUAUUGUGUUGUCAACCUCUAUUGACUCGUGUUUUUACAAUAAAAAAUAUUUUACAAUUUA